UAUUCCUGCUGGUGAAGCAUGCGGAAUAGCUUCUACUGUGGACAUUCCACAUUUUGAAACAAAUGAAGAAUUCAUUGUACACAUUCCACCAGAAGCUGACUGGGAGGAGAAAUUACCAACAUUCCCCAAAGAUUUCAUGAGAGAACUAGAUUUACGUGACUCCGAUUUAAAUAAUAGCGAGAAACUACAUUUGAAAGAAAUCAUUCUGCGUAACAAAGAGGCAUUUUUGAAUGAAGACCGAAAUAUAGGCCUCUUCAAAGGGCCAAUAGAACAUUCCAUUCCGAUCCGGUCGGAUAUGGACAUGCCCAAACCCAGAAUAUAUAGAAUUCCAUUAGGUAAACAGGAUGAGAUUGAGCGACAGGUGAAAGAGAUGUUACAACAAGGGAUUAUUGAAAAAUCUACAUCACUUUUUAAUAGUCCAGUUGUUCUUGUGAAAAAGAAAGAUGAUACUUAUCGGUUUGUAACUGAUUUUCGAGCAUUGAACAGCGUAACUGUCAAGCAAACCUAUGUAAUUCCCACAAUUUCUGACAUAGUUGAUUUGGCCGCUGGCUCGAAGUACUUCUCGAAAUUUGACUUAGUAUCAGGAUUCUUUCAAAUUCCGUUGAGAAAAAGCGAUAGGCACCUGACAUCUUUUACGACUACUACAGGUACUUACCAGUACCAACGCAUGGCAAUGGGACUAUGUGGGGCACCACAUACGUUCCAGACUGCAGUCAGAUAUCUGCAGUCUCAAUGCAAUUGUAGAUUAUUCGUCUAUCUGGACGAUUUGCUUGUGAUCUCUGACAAUCCUCAGCAACAUUUGAAAGAUAUUAACGAACUUUUGGAAAAUAUAACAAAAUUGGGAAUGAAAAUAAAACUUAAGAAAUGUAGCUUCGCAUCU